AUGGCGUCGGUCGAGGCCUCUGUCGACGCGUCAUUCGAGAUAGAUGAGGUCAAGGCAGUGCUCGGAUGGCAUCACGACGGUGUGCCGCAAUACCUCGCCGAGCCUGACCCCAAGAGUUCAUUUAUUCACUUUACACUACACUUCGAUACGACCCUCGCGCUUUUAGAAAUCUCAAUUCCCAUCAGCUAUAAGCAGCGGUCCAGUCCAGGGUGUCUGGACUGGACUGAACCGCCUAUUUCUCACACUGGCUAUAAGCAACACACCAGAACAUCAGCCAUCUGCAUUCGUAUCAACCCCCGAUCUAUCACCUCUCUUACACAAUCCAUCGUACGAGAUCUCCCCGAUGCCGCCAAACCCAUCUUUGGCUUUACACCUGCAACCUGUCUUGACUUUGAGCUCAACGAUGCAGUCACUGUCCUCAUUCCAAGUUUCAUAACCGAGCCGGUUACAGCAGCCCGAAAACGUUCCGGCAUUAUCAUUAACUCGCUCUACGAGUUGACACAGGCAACCUCUGCUACCGCGACUGCACAGCAGAAGCUGCAUCCAUUCUCCGGCCCCGACUAUGAUAUUGCUCGCUGCGAAUCAAUAACCUUCGAUCCCCCGACCGCCUCCCAUAAGCGCAAACGCAGCCAAGACGCCGUCGGCAAAAGAGUUCAGGUCCCUGAUAGCGCAGUAAUCUGGGCCAAGCUACUAGAACUGGAAGCCACAGUCCAGCAUCAUCCACCACCGGCAACUAUCCCCGGAGAUCAGUCACAGCAUAUCAAAGAGCUACAUGCCAUAAUUGACAACCUACAAACACAGUCCACACAAUACGAGCAGAAGGCACUAGAUCGAGAAACCGAGGUUACCAAUCUACGAAUACAACUUGCGCAAUGCGAGAAGAAAGUUCUAGAUCUCGAGACCGAAGUGGCAGCUCUGCGAGACGCCCAAGACAAUGCCGACAACACAGGGAGCGUGGAAAUAAGUGAGAUGCAAGAGAAUAUCCUCGAUCUCGAAGGAAAGAUAGACUAUGUUACAAGAGGGAAAGAUGAUGACGAUUUUGCGCAUAUCCUUAAGGAAGAUAUACUUAACGAACUCAUUAGAUGA